UUCCUGUGUGUUUUUGUAAGCAGUGAAUCAUAACGAAUCAAAACAAAUGCGAGUAUCGCUGCGGUUAUUAAGCAGGAUGCCUCCAGUGUUGAAAAAGUUUGAUUACCUGGUCAUCGGAGGGGGGUCUGGGGGGAUCGCCAGCGCCAGACGUGCAGCAGAGUUUGGAGUCAAAGUUGGACUUAUCGAAGAGGCUCGUAUGGGAGGCACGUGUGUCAAUGUAGGAUGUGUGCCAAAAAAGAUAAUGUUCAACACCGCAGUACAUGCAGAAAUGAUUAAGGAUCACAAAGACUAUGGAUUUGAUGUCGACUUUAAACAGUUUACAUGGGGGAGAGUUAAAGCAACCCGGGACAACUACAUAAAAAGAUUGAAUGGAAUCUAUGAAGCCAAUCUUGAUAAGUCAAAAGUGGACCACAUUCAUGGUCAUGCCAAAUUCACAGAUGAUGGUAAGGUAGAGGUGGGAGGCAAUCUUUAUGAGGCGGAUAAGAUUCUGGUGGCCACAGGAGGCCACCCUGUCAUUCCGGACACACCUGGAGCGGAGCAUGGCAUCACAAGUGAUGGGUUCUUUGAGCUUGAAGACCUUCCAAAGCGUGUGGUGGUGGUAGGAGCAGGUUACAUUGCUGUGGAGCUGGCAGGGAUAUUUGGAACAUUAGGAGCAAACACAUCUAUUCUAAUCAGAUAUGAUCAGGUACUAAGAAACUUUGACUCCAUGAUUAGCCAGGCAGUGACAGAUAAUUUAGAGCACGGUGGAGUAGAGGUCAGAAGGAGAACACAGAUAACAAAAGUGACAAAGGAAGGAGAUGGUAGGUUAACACUGGAGCUGACUAAUGGUCAGAUAUCAGGAGUGGACUGUUUACUCUGGGCAGUAGGAAGGAGGCCAAGUACUGCUGGAAUUAAUCUGGAGAAGCUGGGAAUAAAGAUGGAUAAGGCAGGACAUAUCAUUGUGGAUGAAUAUCAGAACACCACUGCCAAAAAUUUCUAUGCUUUGGGAGAUGUCUGUGGAAAGGCCCUUCUUACACCUGUUGCCAUAGCAGCAGGACGUAGACUUGCCCACCGUCUCUUUGACAACAAGCCUGAUUUAAAGUUGGACUACAGCAACAUUGCCACAGUUGUAUUCUCCCACCCCCCUGUGGGCACUGUUGGCCUGACGGAAGAGGAAGCCAAAAGCCAGUAUGGAGCAGAGAACAUAAAGAUCUACACCUCUAACUUCACCCCUAUGUACUACGCUGUCACCUCACGGAAGGAAAAGUGUAUGAUGAAGCUAAUCUGUGUUCUCCCCGAGGAAAAAGUGGUAGGGUUACACAUGGUUGGACAGGCUGUGGAUGAAAUACUUCAGGGAUUCGCUGUAGCCAUUAAGAUGGGAGCCACGAAGGCUCAGUUUGACGACACGGUGGCCAUUCAUCCCACCUCCGCGGAGGAACUGGUCACCCUCAGAUAGAGGCCCCACAGUUCUACCUCAGACUCACACAGCUUACUUACAACUACAUAUCAUCUUAGAUUCAUACACUUAAUGUCUGUCUAUUUUUGUAUUCAUUAUGAAUCACUACUUUGUUAACAGGAAGGACUUUUCAUUAUUUAUUAUGAUAUUUGAUUCAUUUUGAUUUCUUUUUACUCUGAAUUUACUUUCAGGAUUGUUUUUUUUUAUUGUGAUA